AUGCCCGGGGUGGUGCAGCAGCAACAGCAGCAGCAGCAGCAGCAGCAGCAGCAGCAGCGUCUGGGCGGAGGCUUCGGGGCCGGUGGCUUUGGUGCCACUGCGACCGGCUCGACCGGCUUCGGCGCUCAGCCCAGCGCCGGCGGCUUCGGUGCGCAGUCCAACACCGGCGGCUUCGGGGGCUUCGGCGCCAACACCGCCGCGCGCGCGCCUGUCUCCGGCUUCGGCUCCACCACCGGCGCCGGCGGUUUUGGUGCCCAGCAGCCCGCCUCGACCGGUGGCUUCGGUGCUGGUGGCUUUGGCUCCUUCAACGCGGGCCAGCAGCAGCAGACCCAGGGCGGCUUCGGCCAGACCGGCACCAAUGCCUUCCAGGCCGGCAACACCUUUGGCGCCUCGACCCCCCCGGCCGACGCCAAGGGCACGCACACCCCCUUCCGGCCGAUCUCCACCAACGAGUCGGCCACGCCGGUCCUGUUGAUGACCAUCACCGCCUCGCACCUGUACGCCAACAAGUCGGUCAAUGAGAUCCGCCUGGAGGAUUAUGCCAUGGGCCGGCGGCCUUCCGGCGCGGGUGGCGCUGUGGCUGGCGCCACGGGCUUCGGUGCCGGUGCCUUCGGGCAGGCUGGCACUACGGGGGCCUUCGGCCAGCCGGCUGCCACGGGCGGCUUCGGCCAGCCAGCCGCCACCGGGGGCUUCGGUCAGCCGGCCGCCUCGACCGGCGGCUUCGGCGCCUCUGCCGGGGGCUUUGGUCAGCCGGCUGCCACCGGGGGCUUCGGCCAGCCGGCUGCCACGGGUGGCUUCGGCCAGCCAGCCGCCACCGGGGGCUUCGGCCAGCCGGCCGCCUCGACCGGCGGCUUCGGCGCCUCCACCGGGGGCUUUGGCCAGACCAACACCACCGGCGGAUUUGGCUCGACCACCGGCGGGUUCGGCUCGACCACCGGGGCAUUCGGUGCCGGGGCCAAGCCGGCCACCACCGGCGGCUUCGGUCAGCCGGCCGCCACUACCGGCGGCUUUGGCGCCUCGACCACCGGCGGCUUCGGCACCUCGACCACCGGCGGCUUCGGCGCCUCGACCACCGGCGGCUUCGGUGCCUCGACCGGCGGCUUCGGGUCGACCACCGGUGGAUUCGGUGCCGCGGCCAAGCCGGCCACCACCGGGGGCUUCGGCCAGCCGGCCGCCACCGGGACCACCGGGUUCGGCGGGUUUGGCACCACGCCGGCCGCCGGGGCCACCACCACCACCACCACCACCGGCGGGUUCGGCGGGUUCGGGUCCGGGAGCGGGUUCGGCGCGGCGCCGGCCGCCGGGACCACCGGCGCCGCCAGCACCACCGGGUUCGGCGGGUUUGGCAGCACCCCGGCCGCCGGGACCACCACCGGCACCGGGUUCUUUGGCGGGUUCGGCGCCUCGACCGCCGGUACCGGUGCCGGGCUGGGGAGCUUCGGCUCGAUGCCCUCGACGCAGCCGCUCACCGCGGCCGGGGCGGCUCCGGCCACGAUGGCCACCGCUGCUCUGCCCAUGCCGGAUCUCAAUCUGCGCAUUGACAACCCCUUCGGCUCGAGCGUCCUCUCGAGCCUGGUGAAGCCCCUGCGCAAGGCUGAUGACGAGGUGGUGGACUACAAGCCGAAGGCGGCGAAGGCCGUGUCGGCCACCGGGGGCGCUUCCUCGGUGUCCGGCUCGCGCGACACCACCAGCGUCGCCAUGAAGAUCAACUUUGCCCAGCCGCAGCGCCAGGUGAGCCUGCGCAUGUUGGAGCCCUCGUCGGCCGCCACGCGUGUGACCGAGGAUAACUUCGCCCCGGCGGCCGGGCCGUCGGCUGCCACGGUCGGGUCCUUCGCGCCGGGCGGCCUGGCUGGCUGCAAUGUCAAGCGCCUGCAGAUCAGCUCGGUGCUGGAGCCGCCCGAUCUGCUGGACGAGGCGCCCCUGGCCCCGGCCGCCCCGGUGCGCGGUGCCGCCACCACGCCGGCCGCCCCGGCGGCCCCGGCGGCCUCGGCGACGGCGCCCCCCAAGGCUGACAGUGCUGUCAAGGGGGCCGACAAGCCUGCUGCCCCCGCGGACAAGCCUGCCGCCUCUGCCGCCAAGGCAACCGUCGUCGCCGACAAGGCCGACAAGGCGGCCACUGCCACGCCCGUCGUCGACAAUGGCCUCACCAUGUCCAAGUCGGACUACUCCUUCACACCGCCUCUCGCCACACUGCGGACGCUGUCCCCGGAGGAGCUCAAGUCCGUCAACCUCUCCAUCCGCCGCGAUGGGUACGGCUCGGUGUCCUUCUCCCGGCCGGUGGAUCUGACCGGGGUGCGGGACUUCGCCGAGGUGGUGAAGAUCUCCCACCGGAAUGUGGUCGUGUACCUGGACGAUGAGACGGCCCCGCCGCAGGGGGUCGGCCUGAACCAGCCGGCUGUGGUGGUGCUCCACCGGUGCUGGCCGUCAGUGCGCGAGGGCGACUGGGUCACCGAGUGGGAGGACAGCCUGCGCAAGCGCAACGCCAGCUCCGACUCGGAGUUCCUGUCGUACGCCCCGGACACCGGGACCUGGUCCUUCCGGGUGGCGCACUUCUCCUGGUACGGCCUGCCGGAUGAGGAGGAGAGCGACGACGCCCUGCCGCAGCCGGACGACAAGCCGGCCGGCCCGAAGCCCCUGGUGGUGUCGGCCGCUGCUCCGGCCGCCGUCCCCGCCGAUCAGCACCAUUUUGAUCGUGCCGGAUCCUUCCGCGUCGGCUGGACUCCAGAUGGCACGUAUUUUACGGCGCUCCCCGGUGCUGUGACUGCCGCUGUCGGCGGUGGCCGCGUGCCGGGAUCCCCCACCUUUGCCCUGGCUCGGGCCGGGCCGCACCGGCGGCCGGCCGCGCAGCAGCAACAACGUCGCCAGUGGACCCGGGCCUUUCUCGGCCUGAUGGUGUCCCACAUGGAGGUGCUUCCGGCUGGCGCUGGCAGCGUCGGCCCCGGCGAGGGUGGCUCCGUGGCGGUGGCGGCCGCCGGAUUGCCGGGUGUUUGCCUUCGGGCGCACCCGCUGGCGGCCUACCGCGACCGGCUGGUGGCCGAGCAUCGCCUGGCCCCCCCCGACGGCCAUGCCGCCCCCCCCGACGGCCAUCCUGCCACCCGUACGCCGUGCUUCCUGUCGAUCUCCGGCCCGGUGGCGGCGGCGGCUGGCCCCGGGCCUGCGGCCGACUUUGCCCUCGGUCGUGAGGUGUUCCUGUGGGACCUGGCCAGCUGUCUGUUUGAUCGGCCGGCCGGGGCCCUGGCAAUCCGGGCGGCGGUUCUCGGCGCCUGGCGCCGUGAAGCCCUGUUGGGCUUGCUGGCUCGGCUGGCAGCCGGGUACCUGGCUGGGCGUCUGGCGCAGCCCGGGCUGGGCGCCGAUGAGCGGGCUUUCUUGCUGCUCUUCCUGCACCCGACGGAUUUGGCCCCGGCGGUGGAGGCGGUCGCCGCGGCCGGGCACUUCCGGCUGGCGGCCUUCCUGGCGCAGGCGGCAGCCGGGCCGGACUUUCGUGUCGGGCUGGACCGGGCGCUGGCCGAGGUGGCCGCCACUCCAGGAGCGCUGGCCGCCAAGGCGGGCAAUCCCUUCGCCGUGCGGCUGUUGAAGGUGGCCGCCGGGCGGCUGGAUGCCGAUGCCCUGGCCGGGCUCCCGUGGGAGUUGUGCUUCUUCCUGUGCCUGCGCUUCGGCGUGGACGAGGAGGCCAUGAUGGCCGGGCGAGCCAUCGAAUGUGCGCUCGAUCUGUUUGACGGCCUGCUGGCAGCCGGCCAGCACCGGCUGGUCCCCGGCGCCGAGCCGGACAUCCUGUACCACCUGGUCGGGGUGUACAGCGGCCGGGCUGGGGCUCUGGUUCGGUGUUUGGCCGGCUCGGCGGCCCCGGCCACCGCGCGCAUUGGCUGGGCCCUCGGGCACCUGCUGCCGAUGCUGGCGUCCGGGUCGCCCCCGGGCCAGGGGGCGGAGCCGCACGAGGAGAGUGCCCUGCACCGCCUGGACCGGGGCCUGAUGGCCGAGCGCCUUGGGCGCUGCCUCGCCGGGGUGGCCAUGCCCGGGGCGGGGCCCACGGCCGCCGACAUCCUGGCUCGCCUGCCCGUGUCGGGAACCCUGGCGCUGGCUUUCGGCUCGGAGUUGGAGGCCCUGGGCCUGUUGGAGUGGGCCUGCCUGCCGCACCUGCUGCCGGCGUCGCACGACCGCGCGGCCGAGGUGCAGGGGGUCCUUCGUCGGGGCGUGGCCCCAGGCGUGUGGACUGCCCCGGGGGAUGUGGCCGGGGCGGCGCUCUUUGCCGCGGCCGGCCCCACGGCCGCGCACCCGCGCCACCCCCAGCACCAAGCGCUGGACUUCAUCUCCGGCGACUUGGCCACCCUGGGGCUUCCUCGGACUUGGGUGUAUGCCGCCCUGGCCGAGGCGAAUCUGGCGGUCCCGGGCCCGGUCGGGCACUUGGCCGGCACUCCGCUGGGUCCGCUGGCGGGGGCCACCCUGGCAGGGCAUUUCCUGCUGCUGGCUGGUCGGCCCGGGGCCGCUUUGGCUCGGGCCGUGGCCGGGCUCCUGCCGGAGGCCAUCCUGGCUGAUGAUCGGCCGCGACUGCGCCUGGCCCGGGCGUUCCUCGAGGCGGCCGGCGCGGCGGUCACCCUGCCGCCGGCGCUUGGCCGGGCGGUGAAGAAGGCCGCCAAGAGCGCCGCCCCCGGGGGGGCCAGCCACGACGACCCUGUGGCGCUUCCCGCCGCCGGUGGUGGCCUCCUCGGGGUGCCGCUGUCUUCGGGGCUGGUGACGGCCCUGCUUCCGGCCGGGGGGGAUCCCCUCUCCGGGGGGGUGCUACUCCUGGCCAUGGUGUACCUGGCGUAUGUGCGCCUGCGCCUGGCCGCGGCCGACCUCUUCGGUCCGGUGCUGAUUUUCCCGGCCCUCCCGGCCGAGGACAAGCCCUCGACCGGGGAUGGCGGGCCUGCCGCCCCGUCGACACCGGUCCCGUCGCAGGCGCGCUUUGACGCCCUGGCCACCCAGGUGGCCGGGCUCCGGGACAUGCUGGGCCUGCUGCCGCUAGACGCGGGGCUUGCCCCGGCGCCGGCCGAUGGGGCUGACAGCCCGCCGGCCGCCGACCGGAAUCCCCUCCUGCUGCUGGGCCGCGUGUGCCGCCACUACAUGGGCAAUGUCCUGCGCGAGCUGGCGGACUUCCUGGCCCAGUCACAGGAGGUUGCCGCGGCCGAUUAA